UUGUGCUUACCAAAGAUGCUACGCAUGGAUGCUGCUCUGCCGCUUCAAACGGACGACCUGUUCUCAUAGCGUUCCUGUGUAUGCUUAAGCUGUAUGCCUUCAUCGCCGUUUUGGAUUUAUCAAGAUCAAGGCUGAGACUGUGUUGUUGCUGUGGCUCUCCAUGGAUGAACUUUGCUUUUGUUCGGACACAUGCGUUUGCCGAAGUUAUGAUCCACAUGGAUGAACAAGUGCAUGUACACGCGCGAUCAUUGACGGCGGCCAUUGUGGGUAUUGGUGACGGUGGCAGAGGAAUUUGGAUGGGCGAUUAUUUUGUUUGUUUAUGGAACAGGUGCAAGACCGUUGAUCGUGUAGCCAUAUCAAUAUGCUGUUGGUGUGAUAAGAUACUACGUUUUUGUAUCAUUGUUAUGUGUGAGGAUCCAGGUAAGUGGUCAAGAGUGAUUGCUGGGCAGGAUGUGUUGUGCUUAGUUAAUUGUGAUGGGCAUGCUGAUGGUAGAUGAGUGAUGGGGGUAUAUAAUUCGAGUGCCGGUCUUGGUGUGCUGAAGGCAACAGUGUUGGACUAG